AUGCGGGAACAAUGUAGUAUCUUCCCUGCUACCACAUCAAGAAAGCCCGCAACUCAAGCUAUUUUGUCCGCUGCAGAAAAUGCUCUUCGACGAAUUCCAGAAGAUACAGCAAAUUUGACCCGCAGUAAAAUAGUUCUUGCCAUAAAUAAUCAGCCUAAACUAACGCCUAAUCUUACGCAGGACCAAGGAAGAGCUCUCAAAGAACUAAAAGAAAACAGGAACUUGACCAUCCUUAAGGCUGAUAAAGGAAAUUGUACGGUAAUUAUGGACACUACGGAAUACAAUGCCAAAAUGCUAAACUUGUUGUCGGAUAAUACGGUUUAUACGAAAUUAAAACGGGACCCGACAAAAGCAACAGAAAGAAAAGUGGCAAAAUUCAUUUGGAAACUAUCGCAGGAGGACAAGAUAAAUGAAGCUACAGGUUACCGAUUAAGAAUAACGGAUUCUUCAGCCCCAUCCCUAUACGGACUACCCAAAAUUCAUAAGGCAGGCAUCCCCUUUAGACCCAUAGUAUCGUUUAUAGGAUCACCAACGUACGAACUUUCAAAAUUUGUCAGCGUAUUAAUCAGCCUAUUGGUAGGUAAUUCAGUAAGACAUGUCAAGAACUCUAAAGGGUUUGUUGACAUAAUUCUCCAAACAACGACUGCCCCAGAUGAAAUUAUGGUAUCCUUCGACGUCGUUUCACUUUUCACCAAUGUCCCGAUAGACCUGGCGCUAAAAGUAACCCGGAAACGUUUAGAAAAUGACAUCACACUUAAGGAGAGAACUAAACUUUCUAUCGACCAAAUUUGCGAAGCACUAACAAUUUGUUUAAGCGCAGCCAAUUUAAGUUUUAGAGGGGAACACUAUCAACAAAUUUUCGGAACAGCCAUGGGAUCGCCUGUUUCGGUUGUGGUAGCCAAUAUGGUUAUGGAGGACGUUGAGGAAAGAGCCUUAACGUCCUUCCCUAAUAGCCCCAGAAUUUGGGAACGGUAUGUUGACAAUACCUUCAACAUUAUCAAAGAAGAAUUCUGCGAUGCGUUUCAUGACCACCUAAACACGAUUGAACCCAGUAUACAAUUUACUAUAGAAAAAGAACUAAAUAGGACUAUCGCCUUCUUAGAUGUACAAAUACAUAAAGAGGAAUAUGGAAAAUUAACGACCGAUAUAUUUAGGAAAAAGACACAUACAAAUCGUUAUCUGAAUUUUAAUUCUAAUCACCCGAUAGGACAUAAACGUUCCGUUAUUAGUAGCCUUAUUAAUCGCGCCAAAUCUCUAAUAUCCGAUGAAAGAAAACAAAAGCUGGAAAUAAACUUCAUUAAAAAGACCCUAAGACAAAAUGGAUACCCAAAGAAAAUGUUUAGUAAUCAGAGCAACCGUCAAGAUACGAAAGAAGAACUGAAACCGAUCACGUCAACUACCAUUCCAUAUGUUAAAGGACUCAGCGAGAAAAUUCGAAGAAUUUUAGAAGAUGUAAGGAUUAAAGUUAGUUUUAAACCCCAAAACACAAUUGGCCAACUACUUUCUAAUGUCAAAGAACGCCCAUGCCCCAACAAGAAAAACGGCGUGGUAUAUGCAAUCCCAUGCGUUGAAUGUUGCUCUAUUUACAUUGGAGAAACGAAACGAAGUCUAGAAACUAGAAGAAAAGAACAUCAGCGUGAUGUAAAACAAAAGAAAUUUGAAAAAUCGGCCCUUUCGAAACAUGCCCUUUCUACUGAUCACAGCAUUGAUUGGGAUAACAGCAGGAUAUUGGAACAUGAAAUUCACUACAGAAAAAGACUAUUUCUCGAAUCUUAUCAUAUCAACAAAGAGAAAAAUUCAAUGAACAAUAAAGAUACUACAUUGUUCCCGCAUGUAUAUAAAUCAUUGUUCAGAUAG